AUGGCAAGAUAUUCUCAACCAUCUUUUGACUUUUAUCAUCAAUCUCCUUCUACCCUCGACUCAAAACCUGCUUUCACCGAAGAGGACGAGAUGAGUGUGCUAGACGACAAGAUCCUUGACUCCACCACCUCCCCAGAGCUCUCCUCCAUUGCCGACCACCGGAGACCUUCAUAUGACCAUGCGCCGGAUGCCUAUUCGCAUCGUGGUUCUGUCUGGUCCGAUUUCUCUCACUCCGUCUCUAGCUCUCAGUCCCGUCACAACUCCCAAGUCGGGAAUACCAUGUUUGACUCCGCUCCCAACCCCUUCAUGCGGGUCGAUGGCGCCCACCACCACCCUUCUUCAUAUGCUCAGCACGCUCCCUGGUUGUCGAGAGACUCCGGCUCGUGUACCCCUACCGCUAUCUAUGAGCAAUUUCCUUCCGACAUCGACCACAGCUCUUCCGCUCCCUUCUCUGGCGGUGCCGUUGGUCCUGUGAGUGCCAUCAACCUCUCUUCCAUGUACCGUCCCGGGAUGCCCUUUGCCCCCCACGGUGCUGUCGCCAUGUCCCCCCAGUCGAGUCAAGGCUGGAUGCCUGCCUCUACAGACAUGCCUGAUGCUGUCUCUCGUCCGAACAAGAGUCCCUCCUACCGCCACAGCUCCCCCUUGAGUAUUCGACGGGAUGGGAUCCGGAAGAAGAACGCCCGGUUUGAAAUCCCGGCGGAGCGCACCCUGAGCAACAUCGACCACCUCAUCGGCCAGUCCACAAAUGAGGAAGAGAUCAAAGAGUUGAAGCAACAAAAACGUUUGUUGAGAAACCGUCAAGCUGCAUUGGAUUCCCGUCAGCGAAAGAAGCUCCACACUGAGAAGUUGGAGGAAGAAAAGAAGCAGUUUACCCAGGUCAUCGGUGACCUCGAGGAAGCUCUUCAGAACAUGAAGAUGCGUGAGACCGAACUCCUUCGUGAAAAGAACGAAUGGAUGUCGACUCAGCAGCGGGUCCAGCAGUACGUCGAAGGCAUGCACAUGGAAAAGGAUGAACUCAUCCGUGUACACACCCUCGAGACUGCCGACCUUCGCAAGAAGAACAACAUCCUCAAGGAGACCGUGGAGAGGCUGGAGCGACGCGUGAAACCGUCUGCUGCCCCCCUCUCCAACGACUUCUCCGACUUUGAGAACCUGACCAUGGAGAACAGUCCGUGGGAGGACUUCACCAUGGUCAACGGUCUUUCUCUCGAGUCUGAGCCUGUUGCCGCUGCUGCGCACUCUUCCGCCCUGGUCGCUAUGAACGAGAAGGGAUCCGACAAGGCUGUUUCCAGCGACUCUCCCUUUAGCUGGAAUGCUUUUUACAUGUGCCUCCUUUUUGGCGCCUUUAUCGCUUCCAACAGCCCGUCGCUUCCCUCUCGUUCUAUUCCUCAGCUGUCGGAAGAAUACCGUGCUGAGUCGGCCAACGUCCUGAAGGCUGUCCUCGCCUCCUCGCCGCCGGAGCUCGCUCAGUCGAGCCAGCCUGCGGUUGCUUCUUCGGCUACCGGCCCGAUGCCCACCACCAUCAGUGGAGCAGAGAUGGCCCAGAUGACAGGAGGUGCCGCCGCCCCCUCGACUCUGGAUGAGCUGCACGACAGCUUGGCCAUGCCGACCAAGGAGCAGGAGCAGGAGCAGGUCUUCGCUCUCAACGCUGACCAGUACAAUGCCUUGACGACUUUUGAAGAAUCUGGCGUCGACUACAAGCCACAGCAGGCUUCCAAUCUUCAGCAAGCUUUGGCUUCGAUGCGGAGUAACGCGGCACAGAAUAAAGUGCCCAACCGGGUGACCUCGGACGUCUACACCCGAUCCCUCAUGUGGGAUCGGGUCCCUGAAAAGGUGAUCCGUGACUUUAGACGGAUGGUCCAAGAAUACGGCGCCCCUCCCGUCAAAGAAGAAGAAUCUGGAUUCAGUCAGGCUUGA